AUGGAGGAGUUAAAGGAGUCCAUAAAUAUGAUGUCCUCUGAUAUUACAAACUUGAUGAAGCAAAAUACAACCAUAACAGGGCUGUUGACUGAAAUCAAACUGUUGAAAACAAAGAAUAUGGAGCAGGAGAAAAAGAUUGCAUUCUUGGAAAAUAGAGUGUCUGACCUGGAGCAGUAUUCCCGCAUGAAUGAUGUUGUUGUCAGCGGAUUACAGACCAAGCCUCGGCCAUAUGCACGGGCAGUUUCAACGGAGACCAGCAGUGAAACCACCAUGCCUGACCAAGAUUCCAUUGAGCAACAAGUGAUUGCAUUCUUUGACAGCAAAGGUAUUUCAGUCAAAAGCGACAAUAUUGAGGCCUGCCAUCCUCUCCCUCGGAGAAACAAGGCAGACAAACCAGCUUUAAUAAUCCGCUUCACAAAUAGGAAGCAUAAGAAUGCACUGCUCAGACAAGGAAGGAAACUUAAGGGUUCAGAUGUCUACGUGAAUGAGCACCUAACCCCCAAAAAUGGAGCUAUAGCUAAAAAAGCACGCUUCCUGAAGAAACACAAGAAAAUUCAGUCAACAUGGACUGCAAAUUGCAAGGUGUGCAUCAAGCUAAAUGGGUCACCAGAAGAGGCUAAAGUGCUGGUAAUCAAAGAAAUGGAAGAGCUUGAUAAAUACCAGUGA